AUGAAUAUGAUACACCUUCUCGCCCUUACCUUACUAUUUGUUUUCAUGGAAAUCAUGUUUACAAACAGUGUUUUGACAAGUUAUACACCGCGAUCUGCAACACCAAAUAGCAGCGAAAGAAUGGUUUUGAAGGAAACCCUAAUCGGAAAGCAACUGUCACUUCCUACAAAAGUGACACUUCCAGCAAGUUCUUCAAAAUAUAAUUCAAAAAAUAAGUUUUGCAGACAUAUGUCUGUAAAUAACUGUUUGGAGCCGCCGCCAUUGAUUAUUCGAAAGGAUAAAAUUUUGGAUAAAGUGUUGUCGAGUGAGAGAACCUUGGAUGAGAUAGAUGGAAAAAACGCAGAAGUGUUGAAGAAGGAAACUCUAGAUUUAAAGAAUUAUAAAAUUGAUAGAUUGCCAAAUAAUUAUCACCCACUUUUUCCAUAUGAUCUGAUAGAAAUAAGAACCAAGAAGAAUGAAAAAAUUUAA